AUGAAGCCCCAAUGGACAGCCAUAUCAGCCAGCAGGCCGCGGUCUCUUCAAAAACCAACUUGCAUACCUCGCCACGCUAACUUCAGCCAACGCGGAAUCUCCGCCGCCGCAAGAGAUUUCUCAGCCUCGCAUUGCACGGCUCCGAGAAAAGCUCCCCAUAGCUCUCCACGAUGCUCCAAUGCUCCGCGCAGCUACAACAAACAAGUCUUCCCUCAAAAACGGCCCUUCUCGACGAUCAGGCAUAGAAAUGAUGGCGCAAUGGCACAGCACAAAGAGACCGUGGAGGAGAUAUCAGCAACCGUAGCGUCCUACCAUGCCCGCGGCGAGAAGUUCCGCAUCUACCAUGGCAGCACAAACAGCACCCGUCCGAACGCAAAGAAGAAUCUGGUAGACACCAGCGCCCUCUCGCAUGUCCUCCAUAUCGACCCAGAAACUAAGACAUGCCUAGUCGAGCCCAACGUGCCUAUGGACCGGCUCGUAGAAGCGACAAUGGCAUACGGGCUCGUCCCCCCUGUUGUGAUGGAAUUUCCAGGCAUCACAGUCGGAGGGGGCUAUUCUGGUACAAGCGGAGAAAGCAGUUCCUUCAAACAUGGAUUUUUUGAUCAGACGAUCAAUUGGGUAGAGAUGAUCCUCGCGGAUGGAGAAGUCGUGCGACUGUCUCCGACCGAGAAAGGAGACCUAUUUCAUGGCGCUGCGGGUGCUGUAGGGACGUUUGGAGUCACUACGUUGGUGGAGAUACAGCUACAGGAUGCGAAGAAGUACGUAGAGACGACGUACCACCCCGUGCAAAGCAUGGAAGAGGCCAUCGCGAAAUGCAAGUUUUUUACUAAGCCCUCGUCGAAAGAGGAUUACGUUGACGGCAUCAUGUUCUCGCAGACACAAGGGGCCAUCAUCACCGGGCGACUGACCGACACGCCCAAAUCAGAUCUAGAACUGCAGUGUUUCAGCGCGGCCUCCGAUCCUUGGUUCUACUUGCACGUCCAAGAAACGGUGAACGCAAAUUUCGCGCCUGUGAGUGAGAUCAUCCCGUUGGCCGAAUACCUAUUCAGAUAUGACCGUGGUGGGUUCUGGGUGGGCAAGAGCGCGUUUGAGUACUUUAAAUUCCCGUUCAAUAAGUUCACCAGACGGUGGCUAGACGACUUCCUGCACACGCGUAUGAUGUACACAGCACUACACGCAAGCGGGCAGUCGAAGAAAUACGUGGUGCAAGACUUGGCGCUACCCUACGACACAGUUGAAGUAUUCGUCAAGUACACCGACGAGGAGUUUGGGAUCUGGCCGCUGUGGCUGUGUCCACUGAAGCAGAGUAAACUGCCAACGAUGCAUCCGCAUUACCCAUCUUCCUCUUCAUCCUCCCUAUCCCCCCGAGGAGAGCAUGAGACCUUGGAACCACUGCUCAACAUCGGCCUCUGGGGUCCCGGCCCAGAAAAUCACACAGACUUCAUCACCAAGAACCGCCUUCUGGAAGCCAAGCUCAAGCAGCUCGGCGGCAUGAAGUGGCUGUACGCGCACACCUACUACUCCGAAGACGAGUUCUGGUCGCAGUUUGACCGGGAGUGGUACGAGGCGCUGCGGAGGAAGUACAGGGCCGAGGGCAUGCCGAGCGUUUAUGAGAAGGUUAAGGUAGUAGAGGAGGUUGCGGAGACUGGAAGGGAGGAGAAGGAGAAGGGAUGGCCGUGGGGCGGCUUUCAUGGGAUCAGGAAGGCAAUUGAGAGUAGGAGCUAUGUGGAGGCGAGGAGGAGUACGUGGAAGACGCUCGAGAGGCCAAAGGUGGAGAAUUAG